AGAACAACUACAUGUAUUUCACGUUUCACAAUAGGGUCACGUACCCUGCCUGCCCGCCUCUUUCUAGAGACGCUUCCUCGCGGACGGAAGACAGUGCUCGAGCCGCAGUGGAGACCCACCGCUGAGGGCGACGAUAAGUGACUGAGCUCACAGCGCGUAUUUCACUAACCACCCUACAUCCUAGGAGUCAAUGGUAUUUUGGCCUUCAAAAUAAGUGAUGGAAGUUUCUAAUUCAGCCCAAAAUACUACUUUGUAUUCUUGUGACAAAGAUGUUAUUUACCCAUCUUCAAAACGAACAAAGACAGAUAGUGCUUCCAGUGAAACAGCUAAUGAAAUCUUUGAAACUGAGGAAUGCUGUGUAAGUAGCGGCCCCAAACAAUAUUUGUGGAUUCAUUUGGAGUCACAACCUCAAAAUAACAAGGGGUGCCUAGCACAGCAUAGUACUUUUGAAAAAGAUGAACAAAAUAGAGCUAUUGCCAAAGCUACUAAACAACCUCUCCAUGAAGUAACAAUAUUGAAGGAUUCCGAGCUUUUCUUGAAUCCAGUAAAACAUGUAAAAUUAGGAAACAAACAGAAUGAAUUUAGCAGUGAUAUGUUUAGCCAGAACCUGAUAUGCCGUAUACAGUCUCCAGGGAGUGCCAAAACAUUUGAUGGAAACAUGCUAUUGAAUAAUCAGAAUCUAAAACCCAAAGAUUCAGAUACUGGAUUGCUUACAGGGAAUAAGGAGCUUACAGAAGAUCCUGUGAGUGAAAAAAGCAUGUCUUACCUGUCUCUUCAAGGAAACCAUGCCACAGACUCAUCAGUAUGUUUAAUGGAUGAGAUAAAACCAGAGGCUUGCUUGAAAGGAGAAUUUAAAAAGGAUUUGAGUUGUGAACAAGAAAGUGCAUCAUCAUUCAAGUGUGGUGUUGUGACUGAUGUGCCUACAGGUGCAAAAGAGUUAGAAGGCAACAUUUUAUGUAAACACAAAACACAUAAUACCCACAGCAGUAAUGUUAUGAUGGUAAAUUGUGUUAAUGCAAAGGACCAACAUGAGUUCAUACCUGGAUUAGGCAGGAAGAAUUCUGAAAUUCAGAAGGAUAAUUUGGCUGCUGAUGAAUGUGAAGAGGAAAAGUAUGAAUUGUAUCCACAUAACAGCAUUGAAAAUGAUAUCCAUGGGUGUGAUUCCCCCGCCGAUUUCAUAAAUGUUCAGUCACUUCCUUUUGUUGAUAAGAUCAAUCCCCUUACAAUGUGUUUAGAGACUGAAAAAAAUAAAUUAUCUCAAAAAGAAAUGAGAGUGUUGGAAAAUAUUACCCAAUCGAAUACCAGUGAGCAUGAAAAAGCAAGUGCCUGUUACAGGAAAACAAAAGCUCCAGCUGAAGGCUGUUGGAACAAUACUAAUGAGAAUACUGAAACGGAAGCAGCAAAAUAUGCAUAUGAAUUGUUUUUAAGUAAUGAUGUCACUUUAAGCAAGAAUUUAGCAAGUAAUGAAGCAUGGGGCAAUGUGGAAAUAAAACAUUCUACUGUUAGUGGAACAUUAUUGACAGGUGCAAUUCCUAAAGCUGAAACAUCAGAUGAAUACAGUGUAAACAUAACAGGAGGUUUAGGAAGCAAUUUGCUGGAGCCUGCUGAUAUAAUUGAUGUGGCAAAAGUAAUUGAAACUCGUGUAUUCUGUGAAAUGGAGAGAAUGGAAAAAGUCAGAAGCAUUUCUUCAGGUUGUGAUUUAGUAAUGGGAGAAGGUCAGUCUAAUAAUCCUCGAAAGGAAGCAAAUUGUGAAGGCCAUGCAGGAUUUUUAGACAUUGACACAGAAAGAACAACAAGUUCCACUAGUUUACACAAAGCUGUAAGAACGAGUCAGCAUAAAGCUGUCACAGUGGGAGAGUUAUCUAAUGCACUUUACAUAAGUGAAGGAAAUGACACCAGAAAUAAUAAGAAUCUCUCUGGAAAUGACACCGAAGCGCUUCAGAUAGAUGUUACGCAUUCUUUUCUGAGUAACUGCAAAGAGCUGAACUCUUCUGAAGGCCAGUCAUUUAAUUUAUCAGGUACAAAUUGCAUUGAAACUCAUGAAGAAGAGAUACAUAGUGGUACAACUAUUUUUGAUCCAAGUGCACUACAAGUAAAGAAUCAAAUAAACAGACAAACAACUGAAUUUGUAAGUUCAUUUUGUAUAGUCCCUAAAAGCAAAGACCAAACCUGUAGCAUACUUGGUUUAAAGAAAUCAGAAGCAGCUGUUUGCUUUAGAAAAACUGAGAUUCUCAAUGAUCAGGAAUGUUAUUUUCAAAAGAAACAUACCGUCAUAGAAGAGCCUUUUGAUGUUCAGAAUGAAGAGGCAUUGCAGAAAUACCCUGCAUGUCUUUUUAUGAACAAGUUUGUUGAAUUAAUGAGCAAGCCACAUACAAAGCUGAACUCAACAACUCAGCUGUUGUCAGAGACAAGGAAAAUGGAGCAGUUUCCAUUAGAGAGAGCUGUAGUGAAAUUAAACACAGCAACCCCUUUGAGUUGGGAGUAUGAUCAAUCUUGUUCCAUGCUGACAAUGUGCCAGUAUCAGGCGAGAAUUCACUUUAUUGAGGAUGGAAAGGGAGCAUCCCUUACAAGUUUGUCUCGUAUCCUUGACCAGCCUCAGAACACUAUUUGUACCUCAGACCUUUCAUCAAAAGCCUCACCAGAGUGGUUUCAGGUAAUGGAUGUCACAGACUCUAUUAAUUUCAAUGUUUGUUUGGAAGUAAUGGAACAGAAAUCCAGUGAUCUGAAUAUCUUGUAUGGCUGCAAUUUAAAUUUGGAUGCAGUGAAAACCUUGAAUGGUUCAGAAGACACAGGAAUUGUGAGUGACAGACUGAGUGAGGACAAGAUGCAAAAGGACCGUUUUACUUCAGAAGUUGUGUUCCAAAAUAAAGUAAAAGACAAUAUACCUAUGAGUGCUCAUUAUAACAGUGCAGAAGAUACAAUAGAAGCUGAAUUUAACUGCAUGUUAACAAUGCAACCUGAAGAGGAUGAAGAAGCUCAAAUAGUUUCAGAUAUUGAAACAUCUAAUGAUGCUCUUGUACCCCUUUCUCCAUGUUCAAGCAUUAAAAAGAGCAUCUCAGAAGAAAACAACUGGGACACAGCUAUACGUACAUCUCAAAGCCCUGGAGAUUGUUCUUCUUUUUGUGUGCCUUUUGCCUAUGAUACCUUUGAAAAAGUGGCCCUGCCUCUUGGUACUGAAGAAUUAGAAAACCUUGCAUUCAUCAAAGAUUUUCCAAGUCACUGGACUGCAAAACAUUUAAUCUUAAAUCCACAACUAAAUUCUGACAGAGCUGGGUUUUUAGAAGAAAUAAAACCAGGGCAAAUAUUAAAUGAGUCUAAUCUGAUUUUGAGUUACAACAGUGAGCUGUAUUUAGAAAAAGAAUACAAAGAACAGCCCUGUAUUUUAUUAACACAAAGUGAACAGAAGUGCUGCAAUGAAGAUAUUCAAUCUAGUCAAAUUAUGCAAAAUGCAAACACACCAAAUGUUAAAUGCAACAUACAUGCACCCAAGGAAGAUGAAAAAAUUCAAAACCCAUUGGACAUUUGUGAUUUGAAUACAGAAUGUUCUCAUAUUUGCUCUUCACCAGAAAGUAAGAUCAAUUCUGUAGUAGUCCAAGCACAAGGAUUAUUUCUUCCGGUCUCACAUGACCAGACAGUAUUUGAAAUGAAAAAACAAUUUGAUUUAGUUAUAGAGGAACUGAAAUUAUUUUUCAAAAUAGGCACAUCUGGCAAUGAGGAAAUGUCUAGCCCAUGUAUGUGUGAAAAAUACCCUUUUAAAAGUGAAGAGCUUGGAAGAAAGAAUCAGUAUGCUGACCAUUAUAGUCAGAUGAGCCGCGAUGAAAACACAAAUCAGAAUCAAGACUUCAUGACAAUUAAAACCGGUGGUGGAAAUUCUCAAGCUACAAGUACAAGAAUGAGCUGUGAACAGGAAGUCCCUUUGCCAUGCAGCUCCCUAUAUGCUGAGAGAGAGGAGUCUCUCUAUUCAGUCUUGAAACGCAGAGAACAAGGAGAAACAAAAGACAAAAACUAUAAAUUGUGGUCUUCAGCUUUUAUGUUUCCUUCCUGCCUGCAUGAAGAUAAAAGGGGACUGCAACAGGAACCUAAGACUGUGAGACUAGAACCUCUGAAGACAUGCUCUCGUCCAAUUAGAAUUGGUCUGUCUAAAAGAGCUAAAACGAAACCACUUCAUCCAUAUUUAAGAUGAGACAACAAGGAAGAAUGCUGUGAAAUACAUUUUAUAAAGUGGAUAUAGUUAAAUAAAAAUAACUAAAGUGAAUAAUUCAAAAUCUUAUCUUUUCUGGAAACUACUAUAGUAACUGCUAUUUUAUAAGUUACUUAUAAAAUAUUAAAAGUAUUAUGUUUGUUUUAGGUAUGGAAAACAAGUAUAUAAAAGCCUUCUGGUACCCAGCUGAGUGAUGUUUAUUAGAGACAUCUGCUAAGCAUGACAAUGUUUCUGGUUAACAGUUUUCAAAUGAAAGUUAUUUUAAUGGCAAUAUUUUUUAACAACAAUGAUAAGGAGAAGUAAAUUUGCUUUGCAUAAAAUCCCCACUACCCUGAAUUGGAGGAAGUAAUAAAAAGUAGAUAAAUAGAAACUCAAACUUUGCUGUAAUUACAUUAAACUCAGUAGCUGUGGUAUACUUUCAAUUGUUUGGUGCUAAUCAUUUUAGUAUUUCUGAUUUAAUAAAUUAAAUGUGUGUGUUGUUAGUGUAUGUAGAA